AUGGAGCUUUUGACUAGCAUUCAUAUUUGUAUUGCCAUUGGCAUACUUGCGUGCUUCCUGCUGAGAGAGACAUUCAAACCCAAAGAUCAAAAAUGGAGAUUGAGCGGCCCAAGAUACAAGCUGCCACCCGGUCCCGAAGGGACUCCAAUCUUUGGAAAUCUGUUCCAAUUCCUCAAUGCCCGCCGUCCUGGAGGCUUUGUUCCAUAUCUUUCUUCAAUGCGUCAACAUGGAGAAAUGGCCACCUUGCAUUUAGGUUCACAGACAUGGAUAUUGCUCAACAGCAGACGUGUUGCAUCCGAUUUGAUUAACAAACAAGGGAAGAUUACCACUGAGCGGCCAUAUAUGCCGGUCGUCAGUGGGCUAAUCAGUAAUGGCAAGAGAACGGUAAUCAGACAGACGGCAGGGUGGACUGAGGGUCGUCGAGUGAUGCAUCACCUUCUCAGUGGAUCGGCACUCCGAGUCUAUGGCGAUUGGCAAGAAUCGGAGAGUUUGCCAUUACUUCUCUCUUAUCUGGAGCAACCAGAGCGAUGGUAUUUCCACAACUUCCGUUACUCGACCACCGUGCUCUACCGCCUAGUAAUGGGCGGAAAGCUUGAAAAGACCAAAGCUGAGCUUGAUGAUUAUCAGCAGAUAACCAUGGAGUUUGUACAGAACAUUGGUCGCAGUAUGAUUGAUUUCUUCCCUGAGAUGGACAAGCUGCCUCAAGUAUUGAAGCUAUGGCGUCCUUACUGGCAGAAGAUGGGCGAACAUCACCGGGCCGUUUUUCAGCAGUGGUGGGAUCCAAUCUACGCUGCGGUCUGCAAUAAGACAGCAAAGCCGUCAUUCGUCAGAGAUACGUUACUUCAUCCAGAUGUCAAAUACAAAGGCAAUGAAGAAGAAGCGAUGUAUCUAGCAACGUCAGUCAUCGCGGCAGGAGGUGACAACACAAGAAUGACUUUGAAUACCUUCAUCAUGGCCAUGGUCAGCAAUCCAACGGUAUUCGCGAGAGCGCGUGCCGAUAUUGACGCUAUCUGUUAUGGAGAUACCAUACGCUUGCCUGGCCUUAGUGAUUUUACGCACCUUCCAUACGUAUCAGCUAUUAUCAAGGAGGUACUUCGCUGGCGGCCUACUGUGCCAAUAGUGCCCCCUCAUCAGCUCACGGAAGAUCUUCAUUACGGAUCUUAUCUGUUUCCCAAAGGUGUCAGCUUCGUGUUGAACACAAUCGCUAUCAGUCAAGAGUAUGAUGAAGGGGAAUGUUUCAAACCUGAGCGCUGGCUGGAUGGCAAUGAAGACAAUAUCGUGCACGAUCUCUGGGCUUUCGGUGGAGGUCGUCGUAUAUGUGUGGGUUACAAAGUUGCACAACAGGCCUUGUUUGUUGCUAUUACUCGCAUGAUAUUCUGCUUCGAUAUGUCACCCAACGGUCCAUUGGACACCAGGAACCUGAAUCAUAUAACUGUGGAUGAACCGUUCCCCAUCCAAAUGAAGAUUCGUAGCCCAGCGCAUGAGGCAUUGAUACUGAAAGAAAGCGCUCAAGCAACCAAAACCGAAGCAAACUAA